AUUGUGCUGUCAUUCAAGAGGUUAUGUCACAACAGCUAACACUUGUUCAUUGAAAUAGGAACAAAAAUCGAACGGGAGUAAUGUCUUUGGGUAAUUUUGGAAGAAUUGCUGUUGGUUGGACUAUUUUAACUGCUGUUGGCGUCUAUUCGUUUGUGCUAUCCAAAGAAUCUGUGGAAAAACGUCGUUACGAGGAUAUGCAAAUUCGUGAUCGCAUGAAAAAGGCAAAUAUUGGAGAUUACGAAUCAGUUGGAACGAGACGAUUCAACGCUUAAAGGUCAAGCAGUGACAUUUUUGGCGCGCCCUCAUUCCUAACAAAUACACAGAAUUAUCUUUUUUUCAAUUGGGAACAAUUUACACGUGCUUAAAUUACAAUGGCUAUGCCCCAGAUGAACCUGAGUGCCGCCGAGCAGGCCAAAUUGCAAAUGAUGCAAGAAAUGGAAAUUGAAAUGAUGUCGGAUUUAUAUAAUCGCAUGACAAAUGCUUGCCACAAAAAGUGUAUACCACCACGCUAUGGAGAGGCUGAAUUGGGUAAAGGCGAAAUGGUUUGCAUUGAUCGCUGUGUUGCCAAAUAUUUGGACAUCCAUGAGAAGAUUGGCAAAAAACUAACCGCCAUGUCCAUGCAGGAUGAAGAUCUCAUGAAGAAAAUGUCCAACUAAGCGGAUGUGUGGCACAUUUACAUUUAUUUAUGUACUAUAUUAUGUAUGCUAAAGCAAUAUUUGCUUAAAUUUCGUGGUUACUCUAAUUUUGUUGUAGUUCCCUGUUUGAAUAAAAUGUCAUAGAACCUCCC